AUGGCGGACGUGGAUACUGUGACUACCCAUGCUUAUAGGCGACUGGUUGACAAUCUCUUGACCCAGGCCGAACAAGUCAAACCUGACAAACAGAUUGAACCCCCCUUGACAGAGGCGCAUCUCGGCGAGUCGUUCUGGCGAAUUCAGGGAGAGGAUGAGAAGAUUGCGAAUCGAUUCAACCAACAAACACAGUUCGCUACUUUUGAAAUAGCUUUCAGGGAGAAAUUCUAUCAUAUCCUCCUAAUUGUUGAUCCCCUGAAGGCCCAUACGUCAAUUGACGACCCCGGCUUCAUCCAGAUCUGGAACCUACUCGACAUAAUUUCCAUAUUCUCCGAUUACGAGCAAUGCGAACCAGGUCUGAUUUUCUGGCUCAUCGAGGAGCUGCUAGAUAGCCAGACUAUAGAUGGUUGCCGCAAGGUUUUCGAUUACUUGGAAUCCAGGAGGGAGCGGAAUACAAAAAAACACUUCAAACAGAAAAGCCUGAUUAUCCUGAGAUCUUGCAACGAGUUACUUCGAAGAUUAUCUCGGGCCGAAGAUACCGUAUUUUGUGGCCGCGUCUUUAUCUUUUUGUUCCAAAGCUUUCCCCUGGGAGACAAAAGCGCCGUCAAUCUUCGGGGUGAAUACCAUACCGAAAAUGUCACGACGUUCGACGAGAAUUUCGAAAAUGGAGGCAAUAAGAAUGAUGAAAUGGAUGUGGAAUCCUUCAAUGGGCAGGAUACGCCCACGAAGGCGGAGGAGACUGGCAUGGACUCCCAGGCGCCCGCGCAGGAUUCACCAAAAGCACCGAGACUAGUUGUUUCCAAAGGUGACGACAAGAGUGAGGAGACGAAGAUUGAUUUGAACAGACUUUAUCCCAUGUUUUGGAGUCUACAGGCCUAUUUUUCCGCCCCCACAAAAACCUUCGAUUCCCAGCACUUCGCUACUUUCAAGGCUGGACUUGAGGCUACACUGUCGACAUUUCGGUCAAUACAUAUGGAAAUGGAGAAUUCAGGAGCUACGAGGACGUCGGAAGAAAUGAGGAAAUCUUCCAAACGGAAACGGACUGCGGACGGCCAAGAGAUUGCGAGCAGUUUCAACCCCAAAUAUUUAACAAGUAGAGACUUGUUCGACCUUGAAAUCAAUGACACCGCUUUUAGGAGACAUGUUCUCGUUCAAGCCCUCAUUCUCCUGGACUUUUUGCUGUCUCUUACGCCCAAAGCAAAAGCAAAGAUGGCCGACAUGACCAACAAAUCUGUGCUUUAUGGCUUCUUGUUGAAUGACGAAGAUACCAGGUGGGCCGUAAGAACCAGAAAGGCCAUAGAGGAAUACCUCCAAGAAGGAAUCGGUGGUAAAUUCUACUAUCGCAUGGUGGACACUGUGUUAUCGAGGGAUAAGAAUUGGGUGCGCUGGAAAGCAGAGGGUUGCCCACUGAUCGAGAAGUCCCCGGUGUCGGUGAUCGAGUAUGCCGGCGCCCGUGAGCAAGCGACGAAAGUGUAUGCCAACAAACGUCUUCGUCCCUCGCCGAUGGGAUCGCUGGAUCUCAAGUUUCUUUCGGAAGGCGAGUCAACUGCCGGUCUCGAGAGACUUGCCGAAUCUGAGAGAUUCACCGUUCCCGCCGCCGAUUCAUUUCUGAUGGGUAUCAUGGAUGAUGACAUGGAUAUUGAUAUGGCAAAAACGAAGGCUGAGAAAGACCACGCAACGCGUGCAAAAGCGAGCAAGUCUUGGCGGAUUCUCCGGCUCUCUGCGAAGAGUAAACUUGCCGCUUUUCAGAAACUCGAAGACGGCAAAAACAUCGGGAUUCUGUUUGAGAAGAACAUACCUGCUGAGAGUGCCUCCCAGACGCUUGAGGGAACCCCCCAGGUAUCGGAGGCGGCCUCAAAGACUCCAGCAGAGGGCCAGGUCACUGAACCGGCGCCCAACCACGGAGUUGGCAAUGCCGGGAAGGGAAACUCGAGCGUUGCCACCGUCCAGGCAUCAGCCGACUCGACGGACGCAAUUGCAGCGGGCAAAGAGCAGGAGACGUGA